AUGCCAGCAGAUACGGCUUCGGUGCUGGCCGGUGGCCAAUGCCCAGUGAUUCACAAAAGCAAGGAUGCCGAGGGCGCCAAGUUGCCCGAGGCCAAGCCUGAGGGCCUGUUGGGUGGCAGCAAAUGCCCCGUGAUUCAUAAGCAGCCCUCGCAGCAGUCUCGUGAAGAGCCCCCAGACACGCCAGACCGCCCCCUCGAGCUGGGCACACACACCUCGGCCACAGUGCGCCGAGUCGAGUCAAAUAACCCGUUGGAGGUGGUGCCCGCCAGCGAAAUUCCCGCUGCUGGUCGCGGCAACUCGGAUGACGGCCAGUCCUGGCUCAACCCUUCAGCCAAUCAGCUCUUCCGCGCGCUUCGACGCAAGGACAAGCCCAUCGAGGUUGAGGAUGCCCUCGCCGUCGCCGCUGUGCACGAGCUGGUUACCGAUUGGUCCUGGAAGGGCGUUAUGGAAUAUGAAAACAUGCACGAACGCGCUUGUCCCAACCCGACUCUGGCACGAUUUGAGGGCAAGGAUGGCAUCUAUUCAAUCAAGGCCCGCAUCAUGUCCGCCAUUUUUGGCGUGCGCCCCUUUGACCGUCAUGACUGGACCGUUGAUCGGUGCGGCAAAGAGGUACGCUACAUCAUUGACUAUUAUGCCGUCGACGAUGGCAUGGGUGAUACAGACUACUUUGUGGAUGCGCGUCCGGCUGGCCUUCAAGGCGUACCUGACCGCAUGCGUCUGGCCUUUAGCAAGUGGCAAGCAGGCGAACGUUGGUGGUGGUAGUGACAUCCCGAUACUGAAUUUGAAAUUUACAUUCGUC